AUGGGUCGUAAUAAAGAUCUUACGGAGGCUGAAUGCUUUACAGUAAAAAAGCUUAAAAAAGAGGGAAUGUCUGCUGCCAAAAUUGCACGCAUCCUUGCACAACGUGAACAUUAUAAUUGGGCCAAGGAACAUAAAAAUUGGACUAAAAAGAUUGGCGAUGUGUUUUAUAGACUGACGAAUCAUCUGUCAGCACUGACUCAAAUGGAAAAAUUUGAGUUUGGCGUCGCAAAGAAGAAUGGUCGAAAAUUAAUUAUGGUUUGGGGAUGUGUAAAUGGAUAUAAUUUACUCUAUUUGGUUCGCUGCCCACCACGUAUGAAUGGUGAAGCAUAUGGAGAAAUUAUUGUGGAUGCU